CCCUUCCCCUCCGUUUCCACGGAAACAGCCGCCGCCCUCUGACCCCGGCGGUCACGUGGCGCCUGUCAUGGCGGCCUCCUGGGCCGCGAAGGGCGGCGCUGGCGUCUCCCGGUGCCCGGGGCGCCGUCGGGUCCUGGCGGCGGCGGCCGGCCGGCUCCUGCCCCGGGGCUUCCGCACUGCAGUGACCUUUCAAGCAGAAGAGGAGAACUCUGCCGCAGAAGUAGUGAAUGUGGUGUUUAUAGAUCGGUCUGGGCAAAGGAUCCCAGUGCAAGGCAGAAUUGGGGAUGAUGUGCUGCGCUUGGCUCAGAAACAUGGCAUUGAGCUAGAAGGUGCCUGUGAAGCUUCCCUAGCCUGUUCCACUUGUCAUGUCUAUGUGAGCCAUGAUGUUGUAGACAAGCUCCCCCAGCCUGAUGAACGGGAGGAAGAUAUGUUAGACAUGGCACCACUGCUUCAGGAGAACUCUCGCCUUGGCUGCCAGAUUAUCCUCGACAAAGAAUUGGAAGGAGCAGAGUUCACCCUCCCCAAGAUUACUAGGAACUUUUAUGUGGAUGGCCAUGUCCCCAAACCCCACUGAGUGCCAUGGAGCCAAAGGCUGGACCAAUCUCCAAAGCGAGGCUGAUCUCUUAAGCAACCGUCAGAGAGCAAGACAGCGAUGCGGUCAAAGCACGCAUGAUGCUUUAAAAAAUAAAAUUGUGUUCUAUGAACAAAAGACUGAUGCAAAGAAAAGAAAUGUGUCUCUUCCAGAGAGCAUUCUGAGUAAGGUCAGAGCUUUCUGCCUCUCUGAGUCUCCCUUAAGCUAUUGCUUAACUGCAUUCAUAGCUUGAGAAGGAUGUUGGGAGAUGUACCUCCCCCAGCCUAGAAGCACUUUCCCAAGUCCUGUGGGAAAUGUUUCAAGGGGAGAAGAGGCUCCUGCACAUUAGCACCACUAUUUUAAGGUGGACACAGCAAGUACUGGCUUCAUGGAAGGAAAGCGAGGGAUGAGGGGAGUGGGUUACCCUCCACAAACACUUUGGUUGUGUUCUUUCUAUCUGUUUCUGUGUUUACUCUUGCUGCGCAAGCAAGUGCAUUAAUUUUCAUCGGGGACUUCUUGUCUCUCACCUGCCAUUUGACUGCUGAGAAGAUCGGUCGGCAACAUCAUUUAUAGCACCAAAUAAGCUGAGAGGAGGAAGGCACUUGCCCCACACCUUCUCUGGUUUUUAUCAGUAAAAAAAUAAAAGCAGCCUAUUACUGUU